GAGCACCGCACCGGUCUAUACCUAUACCUACGACCACAUCCACGUGCGAACCAAAGACCCGGAAGGCAUGGCCGGCUUUUUCGAGACCAUGUUUGGGGCGACGGUCUGAACCGCAUCCAGAGCGACGGCGUGCCCCGCGUUGAUCUGGAUGUGAACGGCCUGGCAAUCUUCAUCGCCAGCGUGGCGCCGGAGGAACACAUCGACUCGAAUCCCAGCGACCCGCACCUGGGCCUCGACCACUUUGGGUUCCGCGUGGAUGACAUCGACGGUGCGGUGGAGGACCUGCGGGGCAAGGGGGCGGAGAUCUACGUUGAGCCGCGCACCAUCCGGCCCGGCGUGCGUAUCGCCUUCGUCCGGGGCCCCGACGAUGUUCGCAUCGAGCUGCUGCAGCGCGACGGCUCGGGCCUGAUAGAGCCGUAA